AUGCCUACUGCUUCUUCCUUGCCAGACCAAUUAAAAGAUUGGAUGCUGCAUAGGUCACAUGAAUGGUGGUUAGUGAGUAGUGUCCUGUCAGCUUCGGUUGGACUCAUCUGUUUUGCUGUCAGCUUCUUCAACCAUCAUCUUAAAGAAUGGAAUCUGUUGCUUAAAUUCUCCAUCAUCUCCGUUGCUUGCAUUGCCCUCAUCUGUAUUGCAGUUUUAAUUGCAAAAAAAAUGCUAGAGGGGAGCAAUCCUUGGGUUAAAGCACAUUUGGUAUUUUUCGCCAUUAUAGUCACAUAUAUCCUCACCUUCUUUCUUGAUAAAGAAAAAGAGGAGGAACCGGAUGUAUAUGGCCUGGUAUCCUAUGCUGCAUUUGCUGUGCUGUUUUUAAGUCUAGCAAUACAGACUCGACUCGGUUUUUUGGGAGAAAUCGUAUACUUUUUUCUUGGAGUUCUACUUAUCCGACUCAUGGAGAUAAAAUGGUGGUUGGUUUUCCCUGGAGCAUGCUUCAGUUAUCCACUCAUCAUUCUUUCUUCAUUUCUAGAUGAACUAUCAGGAGAACGCGGUCGCCUCCCCAUUCGAACGCCUCUACCAGCUUCACCCGAUGCUGAAACUUCUCAUGUUGAUGAUACCGGCGCUCUAAUGAGUCCACAACAAUCCAAUAAUACCGAUACCGAUACUGUUCCUCUUUUGGCGCCUCAACCACCAGUUCGGCGUGAUGAUCUCUUAGACGUGUUCAGGCAUGCUCUACGCCCGCUUAAUGGGAUGGAUAGGGAAGUUGCAAGGGAGUUACAGCGCCCCUUGAAGGAUUACAUCACGGAUAGAAGUGAAGAGGUUCCAGAGGUAUUGGUGAAUGACCCCAACUUCCUAGUGGAUAGGAUUUCGCCACAGGUACUUGAUGAGCUGAAUCGCUUGAUGAAGAAUUCGCCCCAGUUUGAAGAGCACAUUAAGAAUUUGGUGGUGGAUGAAUACAGCAGAAGUCGGAAACGGUUCUUGGAGAUAUGCCAGGUGGAGUUACAGUUGAAUGUGCAACAAACAUGGAAUGACAUCCACGAUGGAAGCGAAAGGCACAGGAUCCAGAGGUGGAUUAAACUUUCCACCAUAGCAUUGAGGAUGCUAUUUCCUUAUGAACGGAGACUCUGCCAGCGAAUCUUUGGCUCCCACUCUGAAAUCUCGGAUAAGUGUUUCAUGCAGGUUUGCUCGGAAUUGGCACAAGAUUUACUGAAUUUCACGGAUCAUAUUGCAAAUAGGAGGAAUUUUGAACAGAUGAGCUAUUCGCACUCCAUUUUCCAAGUGUUCAGAACACUAAACCUAAGUAUUCCAGCCUUUGAGUCACUGUUUUCUAAUUCUCACUUCGGCUCUUCACUCUGGAUUGAAGCAGCGCGCGUUAAAGAAAGACUGUGUAGAGUAAUUAAGGAUUACUUUUUCACGGAGUUGGAGGAAUUGGCUCACGCAGAUGGAAGUGGGUACUAUAUUAGGGACAAAAUUCAUAGCACNCUACUCACAUUGCUUGGAUGA